CCGGCCGCCGCCGCCGCUCCCGUCCCGUCCCGCCGCAUUCGCGGCCCGUCCCCGGCGCCGCCGCUCGCUCGCUCGCUCGCAGCCAUGGCGGGCACGGCCCCGGGCUGGGCGCCCACCCACGUGCGGGUGACGGUGCUGCGGGCGCGGGGGCUGCGCGCCAAGGCGGCGGCGGGCGGCAGCGACGCGUACGCGGUGAUGGCGCUGGGCCGCGACAAGUUCCGCACGUCGGUGGCCGAGCGGUGCCGGGGCGAGCCGCUGUGGCGGGAGGAGGCCACGUUCGAGCUGCCCGCGCGGCCCGCCGCGCUGCGCCUCACCGUGCUGCACCGCGCCCUGGCCGGCGCCGACAAGUUCCUGGGCCGCGCCGAGGUGGAGCUGGCCGCGCUGAGGGAGGACGGCGGGCGGCAGCACACCAGGUGGUACAAGCUUCGCUCCAAACCAGGGAAGAAGGAAAAGGAGAGAGGGGAGAUCGAGGUGGAUAUCCAGUUCAUGAGGAGCAACAUGACAGCCAGCAUGUUUGAUCUGUCCAUGAAGGACAAGCCCCGCUCUCCCUUUGGGAAGCUCAAAGACAAGCUCAAGGGCAAGAGGAGCAGCGGCCUCUCGGACACGGCGUCGGCGAUCGUCCCCAGCACCUCCCACUCCCCUGCUGACAGCGAGGAUGAGGCAGUGGAGAAGGAGAAGAAGAAAUCCAAGUUCAAAGCGCUGUUCUCCAAGCCUGGCCUGCAGAAGACAUCCUUGUCCCAGUCCAUGUCAGUGCUGCCCACUCAGCAGCCCCUCACCCAGAGGGUUCGGCUGAGGCCCAGCGACUUCCAGGCACAGUGGGAUGAGGAGGAGUCCGAGACCUCUCCUGCCUCAGAACGAUCCUUUGAAAAUGUGCCAGAACAGAAGCCAGCUCCUUCUCCUCUGUUUAAAUCUCGUAAACCAGCCUUUUUGGACAGUAGGCAGCUAACCCAGGGAACCACUAACCACACCAAAAAGGAUGGGCUCUCUUUGUUCAGUGGCCUUAAAUCCAAAAGUGAUCCCAUGUCCAAGUCCAGUCUGUGCAUCAAUGGCAGUCACGUUUAUAUGGAAGAGACCACGACGAAGGACAAGACUCCAACCUCCUCCCCCUCUCCUCAUAACCUCAGGAGGAAGCAGCUCUUUGCUUCAGAGGAGAACCUGUCCUCCAGGUCCACUAAAUCACCUGAAGAGAUGGGGAGAACCUCUCCUGGGCAGGCAUUCUCUGGGUCCACAUCCUUGGAGACCUUCAAAUCCAUGACUUUGCCAUCAUACAAACUGCUCAGCAGUGAGGAGCACCUGGACACCAGCGUUCCACCAAGCAUUGAGCCUGUUAGAGAGACCAAAAAACCAGACCACAAAAAGUCUGCCUUGCUCACCCUGGUCACUGGGAAGAAGGAAAUGUUGAAGCCCAGCGAUGCUGAGAUUAUUCCCGACAGGACCCUGCAGAGUGAGGAAAAUACAAUUCUGGAAGAGAAGAGUGAAGAGGAGGCCAAAUGCCCUGAAGGCCCAGCAGAUCUGGGCAGAGGGAGCCCAUCAGGAGACGCUCACCACGUGGAGGAGGCCAUCACAACCAAGCAGGUGCUCAGCCCUUGUGAGGAGGAACAGAAACCUGAGAAAGCUGCACCGGCCAAGACCAAAGCUGUGAAACCCAGACUGGGCCUGUCUCCAGAGGAGGAACCCAAAGCCACGCUUCCUACUCUUGCACCUGACCCCCUCCCUGCUUUUCUCUCUGUGCACCGUAUCAGCAGUGCCAAUAAUCCUUUUAUUCCUGAAGUGGGGCAGACAGUCCAAGUGCCAGACUCUGAAAACAACACUAGUUCUCCUGCCUCUCUCACUUCUCCUGCUUUUGCUUCAGAGCUCUGGAAUGACAAGAACCCUUUUACUCCUGAGUGGGACAGGGCAUCCAGAGCCCUGGAUCCCGACAGCAUCACCCAUUUCCCUUCUUCCCAUCAUCCUGCAGCCUCUGGUCCCAAAGUGCCUCUUCCUGGGCGGGUCUCUGCCAGGGGCAAUAAUCCUUUUGCUGCUGACUGGGGGCAGGGUCUUGAGGGCUCUGAGGCUUCCCGGGGUCUCUCUGGCUCAGGCACACCUUCUGUCCCCUCUGACUGUCCUUUCAAUGACAACAAUCCCUUUGUGUCCAGGCGUGGGGCACAGGCAGUGCCACAUUCCCAGGCUGGUUCUUCCCCUUCCUGCCUUUCUGGUGGGGAGGACUGUUCCUCUGCAGGACACCCUGCUCGUGGUACUUCAGGGGGCUCUGCAGAUGUGGCUUUAACCAGUGAUGUCACAGCUGUGCCACACCCUCUGAGCACCUUGUCUGACCCCCCUGGGCUGGCUCCAGAGCCGCACUGGGAUUCUGCCCAGCUUCAGCCUGAGGGUUCUUUGGAAAGCAGCAAGGCAGGCCGUGGGAAAUCUGUCUCCUUUGUCCUUGGGGAAUGGCACGGUGUUCCAUCAGGUGAUGCGGGUUUGGGUGGGCAGGAAGCUGGAGAGCAGCUCCUGGAUUCCAGUGGGAGGUUACAGAUGAGUUCAGGGGCAGCAGGAGAGCGAGCAGGGUUUGGGGAUGAGCUGGGAGCAGGGGGUGACCCAUCAACAGAGCUCUCUGGGGACAGCACACAUCCCACCUGGAACAGUGAUGGAACAGCUGUGGAGGUCAGUGGUGUGAGCACUGAGCCCUGCACGAGGGGUGACAAAGGUUUUUUGUCUCUCUCCGAGUGCAGUGACAGCCUCCUGCCAGAGGCUGACCAGGCACAAUCCCCCAAGAGCAAGCUCAGGGAGGAGCAGGAGACCUGUGGUGGAAAGCAGUGGGCAGAAUGUGUGCCCACGUUAGAGCCCCAGGCACCUCCACCUGCUGGAAAGGAGCCACUUUCUCAAGUGCAGCCAACACUGAGAGCCUGCACGGUGUCCCCUGGGGAAGGGGAUCCAGGGAGGGCUGGCAGUGAGGUCCUUGUGCCCCCAAAGCCAGUCCCACGACUGGCUGUGCUGCUGAGGAAAUCCCCAGUGACUCCCCAGGCUGAGCUGAGGGGUGAUGUUCCUGCUUCAGGGGAUGCUGCAAAAUCCACCCCAGGGCUCCCAUUCCCUGAGGCCUCGGCUGCUCCUGGGUGCCUCCCUCAAGGGGGCUCCUUGGGGGCUGUCACCCCUGCAGUGGCACCCAGAGGUAAGAGCAGUGGCAGGCCUUUAGGAAAGGAGGGUGGUGAUGGUUUGUCUGUCAGUCUGACAAAUGUCAGGCCUGCCGUUGCUGUUCCCGGGGACCGCGGCUCAGCGCUUCCCGUGAUCCCGGAGGGAGGCUCCGAUGACGAGCUGCUGGGGGACUGCCAGGACAGCUGUGGGGCCACUGCAGGUGACAGAGGUGUUCUAGAGAAUGGAGAGCAGCCCCGAGGUUUGACACCUUUGCAUGGAGAUCAGAGAGAGCUCUCUGCUAGCUCUGCUGCGGCCCCGGUGAUCCCGGCUGCUCCGGGAGGAGGAGCAGGAGCCAUGCCUGGUGCUUGUGAGCCAGGGACUUUGGCUGUGCUGUCUGCUGCAGUGAGUGCUCCCAGGGCCUGUGUCCAGGGAGCUGACUCAGGCUUAGGUGAGAUACCUCAUUCCAGGGAGUGUGACAGUCAUUUUAUGAAACAAGAGCUGGAAAGGAGUGCAGGUGCUGAGGAACGUGCAGAGUGUGACUUCUCUGAGCCUUCUGCUUUCUCUUCCUCCCUGUCAAGUCCUUGCCAACCCCACUCUUCCUCUCGUUCCCUUCUCUCUGACACCCCGAGUCGUAGAGCAGAGUCUCCGAAAAAGCCAAGAGCCGAGGGCUUCGCAGAUAAAGCGGGAAAUUCGGGCAAGAAGAAACUUCUCCAGGCACGGGUUUCACCCUCUGAAACGUUCCCUAACCACACCCCACGGGGUGCUGAAACCGUGUCUCCCCAGCACAGACUCCAUCCUGUGAAGCCAAUGAAUGCCAUGGCAAACAAGCCUCAGAGCAAGAACCUGAAUGUCAUCAGCACCAUGAAUGAAAAGCUGCUGGAAAUGAGUGUGAAGAAAUACGAUCCCUCAGACCCUGCCUAUGCCUAUGCUCAGCUGACACACGAUGAGCUGAUCCAGCUGGUGCUGAAACAGAAGGAUACCAUUACCAGGAAGGACCUCCAGGUGCGGGAGCUCGAGGAUUACAUCGACAACCUGCUCGUCAGAGUCAUGGAGGAAACCCCAAACAUCCUCAGAGUCUCCAUAUCUGGCAACAAAAAAGCUGGGAAGAUGUGAAGGGUCUGGUGGGCAAGGACUGAAUCCCCCCAGGGGAGGGUGAGGAGCUGGUGGUGCUGCUCGUGCUGCUCACAGAAAAUGAGAGAAUGAAAAACCUUUUCCUGUUUCUGCCUUGAGCAACCCUCGGGUUGAUUAAUAGUUCCAUCAGGUGUUGUAAUGAACUCACUGUUAUUUAUUUUUUGGUUUCUUCCCAUUAUUUGGGAAGGUCAGGCAUUAAUCCCAAGGCUGUGAUGGGAAGGAGGAGGGUUUUUGAUGUGUUUUGCUUCCCAGCAAGGCACUGAUGAUCCUUUGGGAAGAAUUUUUUAAAAAUGGUUUUGUUUUGUAGCAGCUUUUAGAGAUCAGUUACUUUUUGUAGUGCAAUAUAAAUCCUUGUACAGUAGAGCUUGAGGAUUUGAUUGUUUUUGAAAUAAUAAUUAACUACACUGGAGAAAGUCCAGAGAUGGCCCAGCUUCAGACCUGGGCUGUAAUUUAAAGGAAUUAAUGCCCUGAAAGUUGACUGUAAGCUGACCAAAUCUCAGUUCAUCUCAUCAAGUGGACAUUCCCAAGAGUCCUUCAAGGGAAGCUUUUCAGGUUUUUUGGAGUAGGAGACAUUGAGGUUCACAGUACGUUUCUGCCAUAGGAAUGGCGUCAAUGAAUUUAGGCCAAAGGUACAUUUUAAAUCAGAAAUUGUUCUCUUGGUGUCUUCAGUUUCUGCUCUGGAGGUGGUUCAGAGCAGGCAGGGGCUGCCCUGGCUCUGCCCCUUGUGCCCUGUGUGAGCUCUGUGACCUUUUCCCUUUUGUGGUACACAGAAAUCCUUUGGGGUUUGGAGCUGGGGCUCACCUUGAAGGCCUUUCCAAAGGUACAUUUUUAAAUCAGAAAUUGUUCUCUUGGUGUCUUCAAUUUCUGCUCUGGAGGUGGUUCAGAGCAGGCAGGGGCUGCCCUGGCUCUGCCCUGUGCUCUGCCCUCACCCCUUGUGCCCUGUGGGAGCUCUGUGACCUUUUCCCUUUUGAGGGACACAGAAAUCCUUUGGGGUUUGGAGCUGGGGCUCACCUUGAAGGCCUUUCCAAAGGUACAUUUUUAAAUCAGAAAUUGUUCUCUUGGUGUCUUCAAUUUCUGCUCUGGAGGUUGUUCAGAGCAGGCAGGGGCUGCCCUGGCUCUGCCCCUUGUGCCCUGUGGGAGCUCUGUGACCUUUUCCCUUUUGAGUGACACAGAAAUCCUUUGGGGUUUGGAGCUGGGGCUCACCUUGAAGGCCUUUCCAAAGGUACAUUUUUAAAUCAGAAAUUGUUCUCUUGGUGUCUUCAGUUUCUGCUCUGGAGGUUGUUCAGAGCUCACCUUGAAGGCCCUUCCAAGGUGAUCAGCCUUGCAGUGCUUUUUGCUGUCAUUCCAGACAGGGGCUGGGCUCCUGCCUGCUCCCAGUGGGAGGAAAACCUUGUGUGGCUGAGGGAGCUGGGUGUGCUGGACUGCCCAGAGCCCCUGGGGGUCUCAGGGCUGUUCUCCUCAUCCCCUCAGGCUGCAGGAACAGCUCCUGGCUGGGGAGCAGCCACCACAGCUCCCCCCACUGCAAACUGAGCAGGGCUUUGUUUGCUGAGCCCUUGGCACAGAUCAAAACCAUCAGAUGCCUUUUGGGACCUCUGGGAUUUACCAGGAUAGGGAGAGUCCAUGGAAGGCUUAGAGGGAAGCUGGAGAACCAACAGAGCCCUGCAAAGGACCAAAGCUUCAUGAGGACCAAAGCUUAAAGCUUUCCAGCCUUAAUUCUAUGGAAAUAAACACUCCUGCCUUUGGAAAUAGUUGGGUUAUUGGGUCACUCCUGGCCCAGGGGUGAGUUUCUAACUCCAUUUUUCUACAGGAAAGCACUUUAUUGGGGGACUGGAGCAGCUCUCACCCUGUGAGCAGUCUGCUUACAACGUCACAAACCACUGGAGAUCUCAAAUGCUGUAUUUUGUAGCAAGGAGCAGUUUGAUAGAUUUGCACAGAGAUGUAAACAUAUAUUAGAAUAAUCAAAGAAAUGCUCUAAAUGACAUUUUUAUUCCUGCUACCAAAGUCUGGAGCUUUACUGGCAGAGCUGUCCCUCGUGGGCAGCCUGACCUCAAACAAGCCUUAGGAGCUGAGAGUCUUGCAAGACUUCAGGUCCUUUUAUCUCAUUUUAGUGUUAUUUGAGCAGUGAGGGUGUUCUCUCCUUUCUGCUGUCCCCUCUGCUCUGAGUGAAGGUGGCCUUGGUGGUGGUUUCAUUCUGAGUGGUGCUGCUUGGCCUUGCUGCAGCUGCUGCUGCUGCCUCCUGUGCCUUCUCGAGUGAGGAAGAUGAAGGAUUGAUUUGUUUCCUCCUCGUGCCUCCUUAGAUCUCUGGACAGAGGAUCCUGUACCUCACUGAUAAACUUGUAUUUUAGACUUUCUCUCCGCUGGCAAGAGUGACCUGCACAGAACCAAAGCAAUAAAUAAUAUUAUUAUUCAUAAAAUUAAUAAUAUUAUGCUCUUAGGAGAGAUGAAGCCUUAACACUUGGGAGAGCCUCCCCUGGCAGCCUUUCUGUGCCAGUUCCAGCCCUGGGUGUUGGGUGGAGCCCGAGCUGAGCCCGGGGCUCUGCUGUCCCUGGAGGGCACAGGGGGGUCCCAAUCCUCGACCUCCUCAGCCCCAAAAGCCCCACCCAGCCCUCAUACCUCGUUUUUAUUGGUAACACUCAUUAAAGCCUUCCUUUGGUGUGGGGGGACUGGCAUUUUACAUCCUCAAGGGCCUUAAGAAUCAAAUCUGUUGUUUAUUAUUGAAGGAUCUAAUGCAUGUUCCCUGUUUGUACUCUCUGCUUUUAGCCCAGGUACUGUUUGUUUUUAAACACCUUCUGGAUUUAUGGAACACUAAAAUAAAGACAACUUAAACCCA